AUGGAGAGAUCGCAUAAAGCUCUCUUUGAAUCUGAAAUAGAUAUUGUAGGAAUGCGUCAAUACAAAUACAAUAUGUAAUGAGUGUUUUUCUCCAGAAGCAUUGACAAGGUUCCUUUACAAGCUUGUUUGCAUACAUGACUCAAAGCCUAACACUUGCUAGUCCAUUUCUCUAUAUGUCAUGCUUGACUGCUAGUUGCACUUUACUUUUUCAGAGUUCUUGUACAGCAGGUUUUCUGUAGCAAAAUGACAGAGACAGACAAUGAUAAUCAUUGAAUAUUGUGGGUAAAAGACAAAAUUAACUGUUGAGAUUUUUUUCAUUAGAAACACAUCUGAUACCAUAGCAAGUCUAUUAAAGUAAGUCACAAGUCUACAGAAUUAGUCACAGUGAGUUAGACUAUGAAAGUCAGUUAGACUAUAUCAUUAAAUGGAAAUGACUUGAUAAUUUUUUAGAAAAAACAAUCGGUGGGAAAAAUUAUCAAACAUUGUGUUUUAGGAUAGCUGUAAGCCAAUAGCAUCUUCCAGUGCAGAACCAGCAGGUACACUCAGUAGCUGAGAGAAAACCUGGGAAUGCUUCAGAUCAUGAAUUCAGAAGGCUGGAAUCUUACCAAUCAGGUCCUGAAGAACUAACAGAUGACAACCCAUCAGACUACAGACAAUUUUUUACUGCAUCCAGGCUGGAAUUGGACCAACGAUACUACUGGGAUGGACAAGAAUACCACUGCUAAGUGCCAUGAUGAUCACACCCUGGAUAAGUAUUUGUUUCCAUUUGUGUACAGCAUUGUGAUGGUGAUCAGUAUUCCCACCAACUGCAUCUCCCUCUAUGCAUCUUGCAUUCAGGUGAGGAAAAAGAAUGAGUUAGCAGUUUACCUCUUCAGCCUAUCCCUGGCUGACCUUUUGUACUCUCUGAUUCUGCCUCUGUGGAUUGAUUAUGCCUGGAAUGGAGAUAACUGGAGGCUCUCUGCCUUGCUUUGUCAGAUUUCUGCCUUCCUUAUGUAUAUGAACUUCUACACCAGCACUGCGUUCCUUGCUUGCAUCUCUGUUGAUAGGUAUCUGGCAUUAGUUCACCCCUUGAAGCUCCAGCACUUCCGCACAAGAAGAUUUUCAUUGCUUGUCAGCAUAAUUGUUUGGCUUCUGGAAAGCAUCUUGAAUUCAGCCAUAUUGGUGAAGAAAGAAGUGUUCAGUGAUCCUUGCAAUUUCACUAAUCAUACACUAUGCUAUGAUAAAUACCCCCUGGAAAAGUGGCAGGCAUACAUAAAUUUAUUCCGGAUAUGCUCAGGGUACCUGGUCCCUUUGAUAGUCAUUUUGUUUUGCUACCAUAAAAUCUACCAAGUAGUGAGGUAUAAUCAAGCCACAGUAGAUGAAGAAAAGAAAAAAGUGAGGAAACUUAUUCUGAAUAUCACAGUUACUUUCAUUGUCUGCUUCACUCCUUAUCACAUUGUAUUGCUUAUUCGCAGCAUUAAAGAACCUUACACCACUGACCCACAGCUUUUGCAGUUGAUGUAUAAGGUUUACAGAAUCACACAGGCCUUAACAAGUUUGAAUUGCAUCGCUGAUCCCAUUCUUUACUGCUUUGUGAGUGAAACCACACGAACAGACAUACUGCAUUUCCUCAGGUGUUGCUUGUGCCUACAAAAGCAUGAGGGAGACCAAGCUAUAAAGAGCAGUGCGCUGAUCACCUACAGAACGUCCUGUGAAACAGACUAUCAAAAAUGCUUGAGAGCGCACAUUCAAAGCAACAUCGGAUAACCUAAAGAGGAAAGAAAGAAAAAUUCUUCCCCACUCUGUACCUAGGAAACACCCCAAAAGUGACAAAUCUACAUGAAACCAGUAGCUGGAGCUAAUAAGAACUUAUUACAGGGUCAGUUAAAUCAAUGGAGCAUCAAAAUCAGGCAUGGUACAUAAAUCAAUGUCAACAAACAAACACACAAUCAAAAAAAAUGACCAUGACACACUGACAGAAACUGAGGAUUCUCCAGAGAACUGCCUCCUGUCACAGCUUGCUGGAUAGCCCAUGUACUGGGCCUGCACAUACUCAGCUGCAGGAAGGCUGAAGUCCUCUAACCUCAGUAAUUUGUUUUCCAGUUUUAAUAGAAGCCUAAACCUUAGCUGGGAAGGUGUCUUAUGUGGGUUUGCUGGGUUUUUUCUAAAAUCAGUACUGUGACAGAAAUUAAUAAAGCACGCACACACAUGGAGAUCAUUCAAAUGAUUGACAAAGGAGCAGACGGAGGGUGUUAAAUCUUGUCUCUAGUGUCAUGGUGCAAUUUAAGAUGCUGUGAUGGUUCCUUUGUUUCAGUAAUGAGUCAAGUUCUCCUUCAGCAUAUCCCUGAGAUUAGCCAUUUCUUAAAACUGUUUAACUCAUGUGGAUGGGUGCUUACCUGCUGUUAAGCUUUCCACCUUUUGUUUUCUUUGGAAAAUAUAUGUUCUAGUGUAUAACCAUAUGUCAUGCGGUUUCAUUGCAAUAUCAAUAUUGGGUUUCAGAUAGUUGAAGCUUCAUUACUUCAAGUAUAUAUAAAGAACUAAAUUUUAGCCACAGACAGUUUAACUCAGAUGAAAUUUUUCUUGAUAUAUGCAGGGAGGAAAGGGAAGGAUUGAAAGAUGAGGUUUCACAUCUCCACAGCAUAAAGAACCAGCCUCAGCCUUGCUUAUUAUGACUGAAAUCUGGAGUGUGUUUACAUUUGCAGAGUCAAUAGAGCGACAAGGUUUAUAUCCAUUUACUUACUUGCACCUGGAGGCCUCAGCUAGAGGUUUCAGGGCACUCAGUCCGCCAGUUUUUAAAAAAUCAAGCAACAAACCAACAAGCAAUACUAAAAAAAAUCAAAGAACAUGAAUGUACCAACAAACAAUAAGAAUGGCAGCAAAAGAACCCACAUUUUAAAAGGGUUGAAGUUAGCAUAAAUCAAAAGUGCAGCUAAUUCAGGGACCUGGUCCUGUGCAGGCCCCUGCAACUGCUGCAGGGUUCCCUGGUAGCAGUGGGCACUCGUCCCUCUGAAAAGAAUUAAACCACCAUGGAAAGUCUCGGUUUUUUCUCCUCUCGCAACCUCUUCAUUUCUGUUCAGUUGCCAGGAAGAAUGUUUAUGGUGGUUGUCCAGUUUCAUAGGGAACAAAUUUUUCUUUCCAUCAAAAAAAUCUCCCUCUAUCAAGUCUGCGUAGUGGAAAGAUUUUGACCAGCACUUUUUCAGCAGACUUCCACGUCUGACAUUAUUCUUGGAAGACAAGCACACAGUGGUUACAAGCAAUGUGAAAAUUCUUAUAAGAUCCCUCUACAUGUAAAUUAUAAACUUCUCCGAUACAAAGAGCCACUUUCAUUGUUUUCAGGAGUUCCUGUAUGUAUGUAUUUAUAAUUUCAACUUCAUAUUCCGAGAAGGGAACUUGGGAGGCUGAGGAGGCUGGGCUUGUUCAGCCUGGAGGAGAGAAGGCUUUGAGGGACCCAAUCUCAGCCUUGCAAUACCUGCAAGGAGGGUAUUGAAAAGAUGGAGCCAAGCUCUUCACAAGAGUGCACAGCAGGAGGACAAGAAAUCAUGCACAUAACUUGAAGCAAGAAGUGUCAGAGUUGAUAGAAGGAAAAACUUCUGAACAACGAGGACUGCCAAGCAGCGGAGCAGGUUGCAACAAGAUGUUCUGCAUGUUCCAUCCUGGCAGGUUUUCAAGACUCAACUGGACAAAGCCCUGAGCAACCUGGUCUGGCCUCAUAGCUGACCUUCCUUUGAGCAGACUUCCUGAGGUCCCUUCCAACCAGAAUUGUCCUGUAACCCUAUGAACUGUUAUAAAUGUGUAUGUCGGUAUUCUGGCUGUGGCCUUCCUCUCUAAAAAAGGAUGAUGUUUCCUUCCCUUCUUUCUUUCCAUUAAUCCUUUUGCUGGAAUCCUUUCGAUGUGUUGGUUGGUUUUCCUGUAAUACCUUCUUAUAUAUUAUGAAGGAAAAAGUAUGCAAGCAGCAGUGCAAGUUACUUCACCGAAGAUUUGUUCCUGUGUUGACCUAUAUAUUUUGCAACAGAAUGUGAAAUUUCACUGCAGCACUGGAAUAAAAGAGGAACCAAGCUUCACUGUAACUUCAUGGAAAAAAGAACUCAGUGGUUCAUUUCUAGACCUUUCACAUGCCAGAAAGGUUGGAAAGUUAAUUCUGUUGGGGUUUUUAAUUUAUUUCAAAUAAAGAACAAGGAAAACUAAGGAACAAAACUGAGUCAAAUUUAACUUGUGUGUCAGGGAGUAGUGAGAGCUGGCUCUGCAAGGGACAGGGAGCCAGGAGCUGAGGGUGACAGCCAGGCAGGCUGGGCAGCAUCCUCACCAAGAAGCCACACAGUCCCAUGGUACCCUAGCGAGGCACACAGAGCAGGUCUGGUGAUGGUAACCAGUGUUGGCCAACAUCUCUGUGAUCACCAGACAAAUCGAUAGUCACGAGGCAGGUCUGAGGUCAAGAGCUGGGAAGCCAAGUCAGCAAGACGAGUUCAGGAUCAGCGAGGUGCAAGGCCAGGCACGGCUGUACCGUGUCAGCACUGGCCUCCGCACAGACAGCCACACCCCAAGGAAGCAGGAGAAGAGACUGCAGACUCUUGGGAAACUCAGGGCCCUGACCCUGUGUAAAAAGAGCUUCAUUUCCACAAAAUUUGGCCCUAAGAUUUUAUACUUUUUAAUUUUCCACCAUUGCUAAGGAAAGUCCUAGCUUGGAUCAGUCUGCAUCGGUAUAUGAGGAUGUUUUUCAUCAUGUCAUUUCCUAUGGUACCUCCUUGCAUUGCUGGAGAACCACUUCAAUAUAAGGAAAGCAGUGGCGAUGGCUGGCCUAUAGGCUGGGCUUCACGAAAGAGCUCAAAUAAGUUCAGGGUCCUAUCACUUCAUGAUAAUAAGAUGUAGGUACAUAAUCCCUGAGACUGUUCUGAAAUGUUCGGUCUUUGUGUUCAAAUCACAACCCUCUGAAACAAUGAGGAGACUUUUAAAUGUGGAGACUGCAAUGUCCUGUACCUCAAUCAUUUGCGUAUUUACUUCAUUAUUCUUACAUAGCUAAAAAUUUACAC